AGCAAGCAGUCGUUAGUCGGUCCGCGCCCUGACCGCGCGUCCCUACCUCCAACCCCGUUUCGUACAAAACAGAUAGAAACUAAUGCGAUUUGUUUACAAUUUACCAUCACGUGCUUGGGAAUAUCAUGACGGACAGUGGGUAAACGUUGCAGAGUCGACACCGCGAACGACACACGGAUGAGUCUGUGAACAAUGACGUCCGCGUCGGUGUAGAAGUUGCUACAUAAGUGGUAUCAGUUUGCAGUGCUGGAGCUGACAUUCGCCACGGUGGCGGGGUACACCCGACACGUGUUCGCGGGCAGCGCGCCUAACUAUCAGACGCGCUCGCCUGCAGUACCACUCAACGCAAAUGGGGAGCCGAUCAAAUUACCGGAAAACCUUGAGAGCCUGCCUCGGGCGGAACAUUUCGCUGUUCAAAGACAUCGCUGGAACACCAAUGAGGAGAUCGCAGCCAUCCUCAUUAGCUUUGACAAGCACAGCGAAUGGCAGUCUAAGGAAGUUAAAAUACGGCCAAAGAGUGGUUCAAUGCUGCUGUACAGCCGAAAGAAGGUUCGUUACAGACGUGACGGCUACUGCUGGAAGAAGAGGAAGGAUGGGAAGACCACGAGGGAAGAUCACAUGAAGCUCAAAGUGCAGGGGACUGAGUGUAUCUACGGUUGCUACGUGCACUCAGCCAUCCUGCCAACAUUCCAUCGAAGGUGUUACUGGCUGCUUCAGGUAAACAACCCUGAUAUCGUGUUGGUGCAUUAUCUGAACGUGCCGUAUCCUGACGACAACAAGCUCGCUACAGUGGCACCAAGCCUCGCACUCUGGGCUGAUAAGAAGGAGUGGACGAAAGAUGAACUUGUUAGCCAGCUCAAGCCUAUGUUUUUCAGCGAAGAUGAACACGACCUCAAUAAUGAAUUGGAAAUAUCAGGAAAAAUGUUUCAGACGGCGGAAACUGUUGAGGCUAUUGUGGGUCAGCUAAUGGAAAAACAAAGGGCAGCAAGAGCAGCGGCGCUAGCUAGGCAGCUAGAAUGUGGAUGUCCAGACUCCACAUGUCAGGAUUCUAGGAACUGUACUCAUGCUUUACGUCGUAUUCAGACUUCAAAGCCACCUGCAUCCGAUCAUCAUGUAUCUUCGACAACUGGACCAUCACCAAGACCGAUGGCACAUCCUCCACGCCAAUAUACACGGGAUCAUCGAACAACAACCCAGUCUUCACCCUUACUACUAUCAUUAGGCCAAAUACAAGGAGGAGGUGGUCUUCUUAUCCUUAAUGGAACAAGUAAUGGUACUCAACAGCAUUCAUCGCUAGUAUCACCACUAUCAGUGACAUCAUUCGUUUGUGAAGAACCAAGGGAUCGGUAUCGACAACAGUAUAAACCAACGUUUGUCCUUAAACGAGAAAUACCUGAUACUCAAGCCACGUCUUGCAUUACAAACACUGAAACUGUUUUUAAAGUAGAAAAUCAAGUAGAAGAGAAAGUGAAUGUAGAAAGCUUCGAUAGGAAAAUAAAAAUGGAACCUAGAACACGUAGUCAUAUUAUAGCAAGUGCUCCAGUAACUCCAUCUCGUUAUCCAGAUUUAAUAGAGCGAUUAGAAAGUAAACUGCACACAGACCACUGUGAUGACACAUUAGUUUUAUUAGGUACAGACGCACAUCUGGAAUCUUCUAGUGGAUUUUUUGAUGAGACACUAGAGUUAUCGCAUGAAGAUAUUCAGAAAACUCUCUCUGCUAAUAUGCCAACAUGCGAGUUGGACAGAAGUGUUGUUAGAACAAGUGAGACUUCUAACGUUAUGGUAUCUGGUAUUGAUACGAUGGAUUUUAUAGAAAGUUGUGAGGCAGUGGCGUCACCAACCCAUGUAGUAGACGAUAAUGUGUUUGUCAAUUUAGAUGCUUUUGAUAUGCUAGGUGAUUUUCCUGAAUUGGAGGUGCUUGAUCCAAGUUCAAUUUCUACAAAUCCCGUGACAAUCUGCAGUAAUUCAUCACCAGUAAAUGACAGCAAUGAAAAAAUGCAGACUGAUUGUAAUAGUGAGGGGGCCAUGAAUAUCAUCGAUUACUCACCUGAGUGGGCAUACGCUGAAGGAGGAGUAAAGGUUUUGGUUGCUGGACCUUGGACUGAAACUUCUGAUCAAUAUACAGUUUUGUUUGACAAUUUCCCAGUACCUUCAAUUUUGAUCCAGAAUGGCCUUUUGAGGUGCUAUUGUCCAGCCCAUGAAGCUGGUUUGGCUGCAUUACAAGUAGCUCGUGGCGGUAGAGUAGUGUCUGAUACAGUAGUAUUUGAAUAUAAGCCUGGUCCUGUGCCGGCUCCGACCGCAGCCGCAUCAGCACCAUUACCUUCAUUGGAUUUUAGACGAUUCUGUUUACUGCAGCGUUUACAACGACUGCAUGGAAGAUUACAGUUAAAAAUAGAACCUGCCGAUGAUAAUCAGGUCGAAGAUGCCCAACUGUACACGAAUCCUAAAUUCGAAGAUCGUCUAGUAACGUAUUGCCAGACGCUGAGCAAUCGGUCUGCUGGCACUUCAGAAGGCUUCACCACAGAGCCAAGCGAGGAUAGUUGUACUGUUCUACACUUAGCAGCUGCUUUAGGAUACACAAGGCUAACCACUGCUUUACUAAGAUGGAGACACGACGAUAAUAGUUUAGCGCUAGAGAAAGAAGUAAAUUUAGGUGCAAGAGAUGGCGAUAACUGCACGCCACUGAUGGUAGCAAGUGCUGCUGGUCACACCGAAACAGCAGUGGUUCUAGCCCGAUGGAGUGCUGGAACACGAAGAGAAGCCGGUGCAAGGGCCGCAGCAGCUGCUGCUCGUAGAGCUGGCCAUAAUAAGCUUGCUGCUAUGCUUGAUAGGAUCCACCCACCAACAGGAGAUACGGUUUUUCGGAGACCUUAUAGUUUAUUGCAAAAGGGUAGAACGGGUAGUUUGGAAAGUAAUCUUGUGAAGCGGCCCUCGAUUGAUAGUGGCAUUAAUAUGGCCGAUGCUUUUCGAUCUAACUCAGCAAUAGAUAGAAGCGACAGUUCCUCAUUAAGAUGGGAGAGAAGUAUGUCACUUCCACUUGAUUCUGAUAAUUCUGAAGAUAGUCUUGGUGAUAUAAAAUCAGGAAGACGCAUGGAUUUAGCUCUCUAUAAGCCACGAAUCAUCUAUACUAAGCGUGAAGACCGGUCUAAAGAGAAAAUCCACGGAGCAUAUUUCGUAUAUUUCACAAUUAGUAGACCAGACCUUUAGAAUAAAAUCGAUAAAACACGAAUUUACCUUAACUUAAAUAGGGUUUCGUAAU